AUGCUACAGGAAUUGGAAGAGCUCGACCAAGCUCGGUUGGAUGCUUACAACAGAAUGGAAGCUCAAAAGCGCGCAAUGGCCAGAGCUUACAACAAGCGUGUCAACAACAAAACCUUUGCUGAAGCUGAUUUGGCCUGGAAAGCGGUCCUCCUUGAGACCGAAAAAGAUCCAAAAUAUGGAAAGUGGUCACCUCGGUGGGAAGGACCAUUCGUGGUAGAUCACAUCAUCGGGAAUGGAGAGUAUCAUCUUCGAGACCAUGACGGCGAGUUGCAUUCCAUGCCUAUCAAUGGUCAACACUUAAAAAAGUAUUACCCAACUGCAGGGGAAAUGUGA